AUGAUCUCGGAUUUCUUCUACCCCCAGCCAGGAGGUAUGGAGCUUCACAUCUACCAUCUCUCGCAGAAACUCAUUGCGAGGGGUCAUUCAGUGGUCGUGAUUACCCACGCUUACGGUGACCGUACUGGGGUGCGUGUGCUAACAAACGGACUCAAAGUGUAUUACGUUCCGUUUCUGGUCAUCUACAGACAAACAACUUUCCCCACGGUCUUUUCAUUCUUCCCCAUACUUCGCCAGAUCUUCAUUAGAGAAAAUAUCGAUUUUGUCCACGGCCACGGCACCUUCAGCUCCAUGUGCCACGAAGCCAUAUUGCACGCCAACACAAUGGGAAUCAGAACGGUGUUCACAGAUCACUCUCUCUUUGGUUUCUCCGACGUGGGAUCCAUAUUGGGCAACAAGCUGUUGAAGUUCACUUUGACAAACGUCGGUCACGUGAUAUGUGUCAGUCAUACGUGUAAGGAAAACACGGUGUUGCGUGCCAGUUUGGACCCGUCGUUGGUUUCUGUGAUACCCAAUGCAGUGAUUGCAGACGAUUUCCGUCCCGCAGAGGUUAAACCGUCUUUGAAUAAGAUCACUGUGGUUGUUAUUUCCCGACUGUUCCAAAAUAAAGGAGCGGAUUUGUUGACUGCUAUUAUUCCUCGACUUUGUGCCUCUCGACCAGAUAUCCAUUUCCUGAUCGCAGGAGAUGGACCAAAGUUCAUCGACCUGGAGCAAAUGCGAGAGAAGCACCAGCUUCAGGACCGAGUCGAGCUGAUUGGAAGCAUUCGUCAUCAGCAGGUGCGAGACGUUAUGGUUCAGGGACAUAUUUAUUUACAUCCGUCUUUGACAGAAGCAUUCGGAACGGUCUUGGUCGAAGCAGCUUCAUGUGGACUGUUGGUCGUGACUACCAAAGUUGGAGGAAUCCCUGAAGUUCUACCGACCAAAAUGACGGUUUUCGCCAGUCCAGACGAAGACUCUCUUGUGGAUGCUGUCAACUCUGCAGUUCGAAAACUGAAAGAAAACAAAAUUGACACAUCUAGCUUCCAUAACGAAGUCAAGAAAAUGUACGAUUGGGGAGACAUUGCAAAAAGAACAGAAAAGGUCUACAACAUGGUCUACCAAACAGAACCCAUCACGUUGGUGGAUAAACUGAUCAGAUAUUAUAAUUGUGGUCCAUGGGCAGGACUUCUAUUUAUUUUGUGUUUGGUCGUGGACGUGUUUCUUCUUGAGAUCUUCAAUUGGUUGUGGCCGGAACAUGAGAUCGAUAGGGCAAGGAAGUGGCCACGCAAGAACAAAUCCGAGGAUGAAUGA